UCCAGCUGUCGUCCGCUUCUUCUCCUUCCCUGGGUUCCUUUCAGUCUUCCUAUGGCAACAGUUUUAUCCAGAAAGGAGGAAAUAAUCGUAUUAUGAAGAGAAUCAUGUCGGAGAAUAAUUUCCUAAAGUUCCUGGAAACCUUCAUAAAACAGAUGGUGGACACAAUUUUCAGACGCACUAAGCGGAAGGAAAUCGGAAGUGAGUCGAAAGCGCGGCUGUUUUGAGCCUAAAGUAGGUUUCAGCUGGGAGAUGGAUCGGUACUUGCUGCUGGUGACCUGGGGUGAAGGAAAGUUUCCAUCGACGGCCAGUGAGGAGGUAGAGCAUGGGCCAGAGGUGUCGUCGAUUGACGGUGCUGAGAAACAACCUGACUUAACAGCAGCAAAUGUUUAUCGCCUCCUAAAAAGAAGUAUUAGCGCUUCAGUCAACCCAGAUAACAGUACUUUCCCUGCCUGUUCAGUGGGCGGCAUUCCUGACUCCAAGAAGUGGUUUUUUGCGGUGCAGGCCUUGUGUGGCUUUUACCAGUUUUGUAGCUCUGAUUGGCAAGAGAUACAUUUUGAUGCAGAAAGAGAUAAGAUUGAAGAUGUUCUUCAAGCAAAUAUUGAAGAGUGCGUGAGUGCCCUUGGGUGCUUGGCAGAAGAAGACAGCAGCAGCAGGGAGUCCCUGUCCUUGGCCGAGCUGUAUGAAGAAUCUGCUGAAAAUCUGCAUCAGUUAUCAGACAAACUUCCUGCUCCUGGUAGAGCAAUGACAGACAUAAUACUAUUGCCCUCUGACAGAGAUCCUCCUAAAUUGAAAGACUGUUUACCUGCUAUUGGAGCAUUAAAACAUCUGAGAGAAUGGCAUUCAGCAAAAAUUACCAUAGCAGGAAAUCACUAUGAAACAAGCUGUCAGAAGAUUGCAGAAUACCUUUCUGCUAAUGUUGUCUCUUCCGAAGAGCUCAGAAAUGUGAUUGACUCAAAGGAAUUAUGGAGGGGAAAGAUUCAGAUAUGGGAAAGGAAGUUUGGAUUUCAAGUUAGUUUUCCUGAAUUUUGUUUAAAGGGAGUCACACCUAAGAAUUUUAGUGCGCCUACUCUAAGUACUUGCUUUCUUGCCAAAAAGAUAAUACCAUCAAAGGAUAAGGAUAUUUUGCCAAAGGUUUUCCAUUAUUAUGGCCCUGCUCUACAGUUUGUGCAGAUGAUAAAAUUAUCAGAUCUACCUUCUUGCUACGUGUCAGACAUCGAAUUCGAGUUAGGGCUAACAGAAAACAGCAGCAGGCAGAGCUCCACAGUGCUGCUGGAGCAGAUUUCUUCUCUGUGUGGCAAGGUUGGUGCUCUUUUUGCAUUGCCAUGCACUGUUAGCAACAUAUUCGUCCCACCUCCCACCCAGCUCAGCUCAAGAAAAUGGAAGGAAUACAUAGCCAAAAAGCCGAAGACGGUCAGUGCUCCCGACGUGGACGUGAAGGGAGAGCGAGCGAGCUUUUACCUCUUGCUGCGCGGUGGGGCGAGGAGAAGGUGCAGGGCCACCCUGCUUCACUCCGCCAGCCAGAUCAAUGGCGCCUUCGCACUCAGCGCCAUUCUGGGAAAGACGAAAACACUGACAGCGGAUGCCAAACUGAGUGGUCCUUUUGACCUCUUAGCACUUCCGCAUUUCUCUGGGGAACAGGUUGUACAGAGAGAGGAGCAUUUAGCCACUGCUCAAGCGUUGGUGUUGAAGGAAUGUUUGGAAAGGAGAAAGUUGGCCAAGGGGCCUGCAGCAUUUUCUGCUGAUGAGCUCAAAAGUCUGUUGAGACUCACCAGGGACCGCUUUCUUCAUCAUUUUGAUGCUCUUACUCCUGAAACAGUUCUAAGACAGAUCAAUAGAACUAAAGCCUCAGCUGUGUUAAAUGCCGCCAGUCGAGUAGAACCUAACUCUGGAAGCCUAAUGGAAACCAGUUCCUUGGAAUGGCCAGAAAAGCAUGUUCUUCAAAAUUUGGAGACUUUUGAAAAAGCCAGACAAAAAAUGAGGGGUGAAUUCUCACGCGCCUUUACUAGACCUGGGGAGCAUUGUUUCUCCAGAGCUGCUCCAUCACCUCGUCCGUCGGAGCAGUUGCUGGGCCAUAAAGAGGGCCCCCGUGAUUCGGGCCUGCUGGGUGCCAAGGAGCUGCUGAAAUUCUUCACCGCCGACGGGCUGCCGCUGGGGGACCUGCAGCCUCUGCCCGCGCAGAAGCGGGACAAGACUUUUGUUUUGACACCAGAACUUAGUCCUCGGAAGCUCCGGGUCUUACCUUUUGAAAAAGCCUUAGGGUGUCACUACCAUGGAAUUGAAUACUGCUUGGAUGACCGGAAGGCUCUGGAGAGAGACGGGGGAUUUUCAGAACUGCAGUCUCGUCUCAUUCGUUACGAAACACAGACGACCUGCACCAGAGAUGGCUUUCCGGGCCCCACGGUGCUGGUGCUGAGCCCCAUCGCGUCGCCUGCCGUUCCGGUCCCGGCGGAGCCCAGGAGCGGUCCCGAUGGAGAAGCGCUGCGGAGAGAGCUGGGCCCGGGCCCCGGCCCUGAGACGCCCCGCCUGAAGCGGAGGUCCCCGAAAAGACUCGUGAAAUCUGCCAGCUCAGAUUCUCUUCUGUCCCAGCCAAGGGGCAGCGGUCGCCGGCAUCACGCAGUGACGUCCAGGAAGCCACAGCCGGAGCAGCCCUCAGCCGUGGCCUGCCCUUCCCUUCCCCGUCCUGGCAGCAGAGCUCCAAAAGUCCUGAGAGAGGCCGGCUCUGGUCAGAAAAGUGUGCACCAGCCAAAAGCUUCCAGGCAAACUAAGGAGUCCAGGUCGCAGAAGCAUACGCGGGUCCUCAGAGAAGUGGUGGCGGAGGCCCUGAGGAAACACGGUGUCACUGAGACGCACAUGUGUUUCCCUGCCUGCAGCCAGCGGCUCUUCGAGAUCUCCAAGUGCUACCUGAAGGAUCUUAAAACUUCGAGAGGUCUAUUUGAAGAAAUGAAGAAAACAGCAAACAACAAUGUCACACAGGUAAUUGAAUGGGUCUUGGAAAAAACAAGCAAGAAAUGAUACAGAAUCAUUUUCUUUUGGACAAGAACAAGUCUGG